UUUGAAAAAAGGGAUUCUUUCAAUAAUUGAUAAAAGAGUGGCAGAUUUAAAAAUUGAUAUAAUGGAUAUAAUGGAAAAUAUAUCAAACACAUCUGCUAGAAGUUUAGCUAGAAUUACGGGAAAAAUUAUAUCUUUAUAUAUAGUAUUCGGAGAUGUAACGAGACUGAUGACUAGAAAUAUGCAUCAGGUCAUAAAUGACAGGAGAAAUUGGGAUGGUAUCGAGGAUUUGAAGGACAAGUCAGAUUUGCGAAAUGAAUUAAAAUUUUGGUUGUCGAACAUUGACAGGCUAAAUCGCAGAGUCAUGUUUGUGGAAGAUGUACCAAAAAUACUGGGGUUUUCAGAUGCAAGCGAACAUGCAUGCGGAGGAUAUUUGAUUAGAUGCAAUUCUGAGAUUUGUCACAAAAUGUGGUCUGAUAGUGAGAAAAAACGGAGCUCAACAUGGAGAAAAUUAAAGGCGCUAUUUAUGUCAUUACAGUCAUUUACGAAAUUUAUUAAAAAUCGAAAAAUCGGAUGGUUUACAGAUAAUCAAAAUGUUGUUAGAAUAGUACAGACUGGAUCGACGAAGGUGCAUUUGCAAACAUUGGCAUUAAAUAUUUUCAAUUUUUGUGUAGAAAAUGAUAUUAUUUUGCAAAUAAAAUGGAUUCCAAGGACACAAAACGCAAAAGCAGAUUUUAUAAGUAAAAUUAUAGACACAGAUGAUUGGGAAGUCACGGAAAAUUUCUUUAAUUUUAUGAAUAAAAAAUGGGGAUCGUAUACAAUAGAUAGAUUUGCUAAUUAUGAAAAUACAAAAGUAACUCGUUUUAAUUCAAAAUUUUGGAAUCCAAAUACAGAGGCGGUUGAUGCAUUUUUACAGGAUUGGUCAAACGAAAAUAAUUGGUUAGUACCUCCAGUAGCAUUAGUGCCAAAAGUUAUAAAUCAUUUACUAGGUUGCAAAGCAAAGGGUACUUUGGUAGUACCAGACUGGAAAUCAGCAACAUUUUGGCCAUUGUUACAAGAUGAAAAUUCAAAAUGGAAAUGGUAUAUUAAGGAUAUAAUAAAGUUUAAGAACGGAUGUGAUAUUUGCAAACAAGGGAAAAACAAAAAUUCUUAUAUAGGAUCAAAAAACUUCAAGCAUCAAAUUCUGGCAAUAAGGAUAGAUUGUUCUGAAUAAAAAGGUUAGAUCAAGAUUAGAUUUAAAGUAGGUGAAAGGUUGAAAAUUAUAAAAUGCAAUGGAACAUGAUAAAAUCUAGAAGUGAUUUGAAGGAUUUAUAAUGGAUCAUGACAUUCGUUACACAAGAUUUUAUGUAGUAUAUUCAUUUAUGAAGAAACAAAAAUAAGAUAGAGAUGGAUAUGUUGGAUAAUUGAAUCGAGAUGUGAUUCGAUAUGAACCGAGAUAUGGUUUGAUGCGAACAGAUUUGAUUUGAUGCGAACAGAGAUGCGGUUCGAUGCGAACAGAAAUGUGGUUCGAUGCGAACAGAUAUGUGGUUCGAUGCGAACAGAGAUGCGGUUCGAUGCGAACAGAGAUUUGGUUCGAUGCGAACAGAAAUGUGGUUCGAUGCGAACAGAAAUUUGGUUUGAUGCGAACAGAAAUUUGGUUUGAUACAAAUAGAGAUGUGGUUCGAUGAGAAUCGAAAUGUGGUUAGAUAUAAAUUGAGAUGUGAUUUGAUGAAACCAAGAUGUGGUUUGAUAUGAACCGAGGUGUGGUUCGAUAUGAAUAUGAAUCAAGAUGUGAUUGGAUAUAAAUCGAGAUGCGAUUAGAAAUGAAUCAAGAUGAGAUUUAAUAGGAAUAAAAAUUGGAUUUGAAAAGAUAAAUGGGAUAUAAAUUCAGUUUUGCAUGUAAAAUUAAUACAUAUUGAUAAA